GAUUCACCAAUAAAUUGAAAUGAAAAAGUCUCAAAAACCGUUUCAGGAAUUACAGUUCCACAUAUUCAAAAUCAUGGUGCCUUUAAAUUAGGAACCCAUUUUCAAGUUUCUUCUUAUUCAUUUACAGACUGAACUUCCAAGUUUCAUUCACAAAAGAUUUUCUCAAUCAAAUGUCUAAUAACUCAUUGUUCUUCCCACUCUUCUCUCUGCUGUUGUUCCAUUUUGCAGAUGGGGUUCAACUGAUCAUAGUGAACAACUGCAAACAGAGCAUAUGGCCAGGAAUUUUAGGAAACGCCGGCCACCCAAUUCCCAGAGACGGCGGAUUCCAUCUCUCCAGUGGAGAACAGACGGUGAUUGCAAUGCCGGAGAGAUGGUCCGGCAGAGUCUGGCCAAGACAGGGGUGUUGUUUCGACUCAAAAACAGGGCGUGGCUCCUGCCAGACCGGCGACUGCGCCGGACUCCUCCAAUGCAGAGGCACCGGCGGAAUGCCACCGGCGACGGUGGUGGAGAUGACACUGGGGACUUCAAAAUCAUCAAUGCAUUACUACGACGUGAGCUUGGUGGAUGGAUUCAAUGUUCCGGUGGAGAUGGCUCCGAUCGGGGGCGGCGUUGGGUGUGGAGUAGCGGCGUGUGCGGCGGAUUUGAACCGGUGCUGCCCGUCGGCGUUGGAGGUGAAGAGAGAAGGGAAAAUCGUGGGCUGUAAAAGCGGUUGCUUGGCGGCGAAAUCGGACAAGUAUUGCUGUAGAGGGGAAUAUGCAGAGCCGAAAAAUUGUAAGCCAACGAUAUUUGGGCAUUUGUUUAAGGCCAUAUGUCCUAUGGCUUAUAGCUAUGCGUAUGAUGAAUCUACGGGGCUUAAAAUGUGUAGGGCACCUCGUUAUGUUAUUACAUUUUGCCCUCCUUCUUCUAUUUGAAACUAGCAUUUUAUUUGCAGACUACUAUUGUUCAAGCUUUGAUUGUUAUGUUAUGGUUGUUUUUUUACUUUUCACAGUUUAAGAUUAAGAAAAAGCUUUCAUGGAAUGGAAUCCCUUGUGCUACACAAG